GGGGACCCUGGGUCCUACCUGGGGCCGGGUGUUGGAGGGUGCGGGGGUCGCUCCUGGCUUUGGUGCAGUGGGGGCUCCCCAGCGGCGGGGGAGGGGUCUUCUCCAGCCCCUCCCCCCGCCCCGCCCCCGAGCCCUGGGACCGGGGACUCCGGCUCGGGUUCCCGCAGCCCAGGCGCUGGCGGUACAGAGGUGCCCUAAGGGGAGGGGAGGAGGAUGGGCUGGCACCCCCCCGCCUUCGCCCCGGUCCCCCACCGGUCUCCCGGUCCCUCCCCGUGCUAACUCUCCGGGCGCCCUCGCCGGCCAAGGGCGGAGCUCGAUCCGCGGCGCCGGAGAAUCCCGGCUCCCGCCCCUUCCCUGUCGCUACCUCCCCGGACCCCGCCACCCCGCCCCAGCGGUCGCCACCGCCGCGGUGUAGCCCCGCGCGGCGCGAGCAGGACCUGUCCAACUUCAGAUGAAAUUGGAGUAACUGGCCUGGUUCUGGGGUACAAUCGCUGCCAAGGGGCCGAGGGAUGAGCUGGGGCCCUCCUUCCCAAUGGCAUCUCCCCCUGGUCUGGAACUGAAGACACUGAGCAAUGGUCCCCAGGUCCCAAGGAGACCAGCUCCCCUGGGCCCAACGGCCCCAUCCAGGGCAGGCGUGGACAAUGCCGGCUUCUCCUUGGAGGAGCAUGAGACCAGUUUCCAAAACCCCAGGGAUGCCAGACCGGACAGCUCCCCCAGUCCUCUGGGGGGCGUCCCCUCACUGCCCCGGUCCCAGCGGGACGACGUGUCCCUGCGUUCAGAGGAGGGGCCGGGCCUGGAGCCCGUGAGCCGCCCUGUGGAUUAUGGCUUCGUUUCGGCCCUGGUUUUCCUGGUGACUGGGAUCCUCCUAGUGGUGACAGCCUACGCCAUCCCCCGCGAGGCCCGCGUCAACCCGGACACGGUGACGGCGAGGGAGAUGGAGCGGCUGGAGAUGUACUACGCCCGCCUGGGCUCCCACCUGGACAAGUGCAUCAUCGCGGGCCUGGGGCUGCUCACGGUGGGCGGCAUGCUGCUCUCCGCGCUGCUCAUGGUCUCCCUGUGCAAGGGCGAGCUGUACCGCCGGCGGGCCCUGGUCCCCGGCAGGGGCUCCCGGAAGACUUACGGCUCCAUCAACCUGCGCAUGAGACAGCUCAAUGGCGACGGGGGCCAGGCCCUGGUGGAAAACGAGGUGGUCCAGGUGUCAGAGCCCAGCCACGCCCUCCAGGGGUCUUAAGGAAGAGCCCCUGCUUUCCGGCUGCCUUAGCUCCGGGCUCCAAGGCCCCCAGAGGCCUGGGGCUUCAAACUGAGCUCCCCAAAAAGGGCCCAGCGGAAGGGGGCUGGGGGUCUUGGGUGUGGAGGGGAAGCCCAGGGCAGCCCGCUCAGGCAGGUUCUGCAGUUCCAGGUCUUGCUUAAGGUUCUGUUGCUAAGAAUACAAAGUUUGGAAAGCCCUGCUCUUGGAAGAUGAGGUUUCUUGGCAUGUCCAAGGGUGGGGAGCCAUGUGAAAGGUGGCUUGUCCUGUUCUUAUGCUGUGGGGAAUUCUGGGACCUCCACUGUCCUCAUGGGCUAGCUGAAGAUGUUGGGUGAUCUUGGAGGAGGCUCCUUUGAGCUCCGACCAUCUAAGGUGGGAGGUGGUUUCAUGGUGAGGGGAGAAGCCAGCACUCGGGUGACCCCCCUGUUGUAUCCCAACUGACUGAACCGUGACCUUGUCCUCUCCAGGCUUCAGCGGCUCUGUCUGUAAAGUGAGGGGUUGGACUGGAUGAUCUCUCCGGCCAUUUCUGCCCUGGAAAUGGGAACCCGGUCUCUGCCUCUGGGCACCCUUUGCAGGAGGAGGAUGUCUGCCAGGCACUGAUCCUUCUCCAUGCUGUUUUCUGGCCUCUCCUCUGUGACCGCCACUGUCAGGAGGCCAGCAGUUCUCACUGUCCUGCUGAAGAGCGCCUUAGUCAGUGUGGGUCAAGCCCACCGUGCGCCACAAACCUGCUUUUGGUCUGGGGGUCUAAUUUCCUGUAGUGACUAAUAUUCUGUGGUAGCACAUUUUGCAGAGUUAGAAGCGCUGUUUCUACCCAUUCUUGGGGAUACAGAGAAUCUUUCAGAAAAGAAAGUGUGACGACUUUGUGGUAUCUGAUGUGCCCUUAUUCACCAACCCUCCUUAAUAGCAUUGUCUCUUGGGUCUGACCUCAUGCUAAUUGCAGAAAAAAAAUGUUUUUUGUUUGUUUUAAACACUGAGUUUGUCACCUCCCACUUACCCUCUCACUAGUCAAGUGUAGCCACAGUUGAUCUGGGGGGCGAGCGGGCACGCUCAGUCCCGUUGGUGAACAUUUGUUCUCUUUGGCUUGCGGAAUGUUUCCGAGCUCCUUCCAUACUUUCUAAACUCUUGAUGAGACAGAACAAGGAGAUACAGGCAUUUGAGAAUUUGGGGGGAGGCAUCGUUCAGCCCAAAUGGCUCUAGAGGGCUUUGAGCGUACCUGCCUUCUUAGGCCCUGAUAUGAAGACUCCAAGGGGUCAUUUCCGUGAGCCCCCUGCGGCUGAGUGGGUCCACUUACUCCGUGUCAGUUGGCCAUGUGGGCAGGGAAUUCUCA